GGAGCGGCGGCCGCCGAGCGGGAGGGGCGCCGCGGAGGACGGCCGCGCGGCCCCGGAGCCAUGGGCAAGUGCAGCGGGCGCUGCACGCUCGUCGCCUUCUGCUGCCUGCAGCUGGUAGCUGCGCUGGAGCGGCAGAUCUUUGACUUCUUGGGCUACCAGUGGGCUCCUAUCUUAGCCAACUUCCUGCACAUCAUGGCAGUCAUCCUGGGCAUCUUUGGCACCGUGCAGUACCGCUCGCGGUACCUCAUUCUGUAUGCAGCCUGGCUGGUGCUCUGGGUCGGCUGGAAUGCAUUUAUCAUCUGCUUCUACCUGGAGGUUGGACAGCUGUCCCAGGACCGGGACUUCAUCAUGACCUUCAACACGUCCCUGCAUCGCUCCUGGUGGAUGGAGAAUGGGCCAGGCUGCCUGGUGACCCCUGUCCUGAACUCCCGCCUGGCCCUGGAAGACCAUCAUGUCAUCUCUGUCACCGGCUGCCUGCUUGACUAUCCCUACAUCGAAGCACUCAGCAGUGCCCUGCAGAUCUUCCUGGCUCUGUUUGGCUUCGUGUUCGCCUGCUACGUGAGCAAAGUGUUCCUGGAGGAGGAGGACAGCUUUGACUUCAUCGGUGGCUUUGACUCCUACGGAUACCAGGCGCCCCAGAAGACGUCGCAUUUACAACUGCAGCCUCUGUACACGUCGGGGUAGCUUCUGGCCGGAGUCCCGCGCCCACGGGCUGGACGGCGGCGGCUGGGCGCGCUCGGGCCGGUGGCAGGCGCGCCCCCUGGCGGCUCGCGGACCGACUGCAGCCUGCGCCGGCCGGGUCUGCGCGGACGCGGACGCGGACUCGGAGGGACCCGCGGCCCGACUCCAGGGGCGCGGCGGGCCCCUGGGGGGCCGGGCGGGGAGGGGAUCGCGGGCUUUGUAUUUUUUUUAUCUCAGCCUUGGCGUGCGCCGGGCCUCCCUCCCUUCUCCAGCCUCUCCCUUUCGAAACCCUUGACCCCACUUCCGGCCCCUUGUCCAGCGAGAAAUGGCCUUCGCCAGCCCUGGGGGGAGUUACUGUGAACUAGGAGGAGUCCUGGGUUCCACCUGCAGCUCCCUCACGGGCUCGCUGUGGGACAUCCGGCAAGGCCCUUGCCCUCUCUGGGCCUCAGUUUCCCUCAAUUAAAAUAAUCUCUUAGCAGAUGGAGCUUUCUAGCCUUUUCAUUCGACUCUUAAUUCCCCGGGCUAGGCUGAGAUUAUAAUUCCCAUUUUAGAGUAAUGGAAACUGAGGCCCGGAGAUAGGAAGCGAUUUGCUUGAGGCCACACAGCAAGGCUUUUGGUGGAGGCAGGCCUUGAACACAGUGUACCUUCUGUGGUUUCAGACUCCAAAACCCAGUGUCUGGUCUCUGAAUCCCAUUUCCAAACCCCCGUCCAGCUGGGACACUAGAACUCAUGUGAUCUACAUCACACUCACCAUCCGCCACCAUGACCACCACUUGUCAGCGCCUCUCUUGAAGCAAUACACCUGUUCUCCUGUUGGGAACCAGAUGAACAGAGCCUAGAGCCCUGAAUUCAGCAAGACCCACAGGGAAGCCCUCCUAGACUCGGCCCCUGUCCAUCUUUGGCAAAUCUUUCAAGCUCAUUCCAGUAAUGGCGCAUGGGCAGGGGUAGGGGGAGCAUAUCUCAGCCACGCCACCCCCUUCCAGGUCCCUGAGGCCGAGUCUGCUGCAGUCAUGAUCCCCUAUCCCCUCAGCAACUCCACCAACCCCUGAUGGCUCCAUCCACCUCUCCAGUUGGAAGACUUGUGGUUCCAGAAUGGAAAACUUUCAAAGAUCACUAGCGUUUGUGACCACUUCAGUUCCAAGAGAAACCUCUAACAAGCCCAGAAGGAGUUCUUGAAGAGGCAGGCUGGGAGUGUGCGUCGUGGUGCGGAGCCAAGAGGGCCAGAACCCUUGAAAGCAAACAGAGAUGAGAGCUCAUUCUCACCAUCUCCUUCCACAGACACCCCUGAGGACCAUACUUGCUGUGCACUGACCAUGAGUCCAAGGGCAGGAGGGUCAGGUCUCAGCUUCCCAGUCUGUGAAACAGGAGUGGCCCUGGGUUAGAAGAGAGGGCAGGAGGCGUGGGGGAACUGGAAGGAAACACAGAUGGUUUGUACACCUGAGCCCGUGGUGACACUCCAUUCCUUGCUCUCUGCCAUCAGGUCUAGCAGUCCCUACCAUCUAAGGCCAAACUAUCCUGAGCUAGGACCACACCACACCAUCCCAUCUGCAGUGCUGUGCUAAGGAGCCAGCCCCAGGAGUUCCACUGGUCACCCCGGGCACUGCGGUCCCAUAUAGUCUGCCCAGGUAGCUAGGGGUUCAGCUCAAGAAGGGGGCAGCCCCCUUUGGACCUGGCUGCUAUCCUGCCACUGGGCCACCUUCUGCCUCCAGCCCUCACCUCCCACCCCCACCCCCAGCCUCCUUUAUAUUCAACGGGUUUAGCCACUGGUGCUUUGAAGCCUUUUGUUUUUAUAAGAUGGUUUUUGCAAGGGGACCAAGUUCUUUUCCCACUGGGACCUUGCAAGGCAGGGACUGUACCCUUGUUUCUGUGCAGGUGGGUUGAUUAAAGAUGGUGUUUUCUUC